GGUCCCUUGGAUCGUGGGUGUCAGGAGUUGAUUAUUCCGGCUUGUAAAGACUUGGGUGUUUACUCACACACUCUUUUGUCGGAGUCAGUGCAGAAGCAUCUAUACCUGGCUUUGUGGGGAAAAUCUUACAACAAAAGUGACCUGCAAAGGGAUUUUCCAAAGGUGUUCGAAAACAUUUUUGCAAACUAUCCGAAGUGUCGAAGAAAUGCAGAGACGUUAUUUUGUGGCGAGAUGUUUCCCCCGUGUUUUCUGCAUGAAACCAAGACCGUUUAUAAGACUCCUUGUAGAUCGCUGUGUAACGACAUCGCCAGAGAAUGCCCGGGAUAUUUCAGGUAAAGCUUUGAUUAAGUACCGUGAAGUUUCGAAAGUAACGACCCUCGUUACUUUCGGAUUUAGCACAACCUCGUCCCCAGGGCGCUUUCUCCACCUCCAAAGCCAGGGAAAAGCACCCUGGGGACGAGGUUGGAUUUAGCAGCCUUUUCGCUACUUUCAGAGGGUCGCUAUGUAGGAUAGCUAAAACGCUGGUGUGCUGUCACGCAUGGGCCGCUGGUUAUGGUGAUAACAUGAUCGCGACCAUGUGAAAACCUCAACACUUUUUAUUUGGAGAAACGUAUUUCAUGUUUCAAAAGAAUUGUGUGAUUAACGUGUCGUAUUAACGUUUCGAUUAACGUUUCGUAUUCCCAGACGAAAGGAAGACUACAAGUAAUGUAUCUUUUUGGGUUACAUAAAGGAUUUUAUAAAAUAACUAAGAUAGUACGCGCGUUCUGAUUGUUUAAAAACCUAUGGUUUAUUGUGCCGGUAACCCACUUGGGUUGUUGGGGGAGCACUCGAAAAGCCUGUAAAUCACUCGCCUUCGGCUCAUUAUUUACAAGCUUUUCUCGUGCUCUUCCAACGUCCCGCGUGGGCUAUCACGCCGGUAAAUCCAUAAAAAGGGUGGUCUAUUGCUUAAAUUACCGUUAAAAGUAAACCUCGGAUCACUAAGGUAAAUUUUGCUGUCUCUAUAAAUUUCCCUUUCAUUCCGGCACAGUUAUCAAAGUCGAUAACCUAGACCAAAACAAACUAUUAGCCAAUCAAACUUCAAGCAAAAAGGGAAAUUACUUUAGAAGUCGCUACUAUACUUUCGCGAGGUCGUUAUUUUCGGGGGGUCGCUACUUUUGGCAUUUGUGAACACUUGCGAAAUUUCACCACUAUAACAAAAAGGGAAAUAACUUUUGAAGUGACUACUUUAGGAAGGUCGUUAUUUUCGGAACGUUACGGUAGUAUCUUAUGGAGCGUUUUCACAUGACGUCAUGUUGUUCCAAAACAAUGAAGCAGCGGCUAUGUUGGUGUUUCAAGCCAAUUGUACGGGUGUGUGAACUGAACCUGUUUCUCAUAUAAAAAAACUUUCUUAUGUACCAAUAAAUUUGCAUAGUUGCUGGUUACGUGAGUGAAAAGGCUCCAUUGGCUGUUUCCAGAUAGGAGUUUUAAUUAAAUGUCAAUCUGGGACGAACUUGGACAAUAGAUUGACUAAAUGUUGUAGCUGAAGAGGGUCGCAGUGGGGAAGUGAUUUUGGCGAUAAACGGUCGAUAUCCUGGUCUAACGCAUUUAAUGGUUAACCUCUGUUUUUCGUUAUGGUUAGCCGAAUUUUUACAAAAUUAUUUGUAUUAUAAAAUUGGCAAUGAACCGCUGAACCGGAACUAAGGCUGUCACGAAAGUUGUGCUAAGAUGAAAACAGCGAAAAUAGGACCCGCCUAAUUUGUUUUGUUUGUUUGUUUUCCUUUCAGUAAUGACUUCAAUGAAGCAGAAUAUUGUGGUUUUCAUCCAGAGGGAGACACGGACGAUGUGUUUUGUGACAUAAAGGAAUGGCCUUCUCCAUUUCAUUUGCUUGAUUAUAUAGGUCAGUGAUUAUUACAUUGUUUGAGUGUGGUUUAUACGGUCACAUGCAAGAAGACGCACCAUGACUAUCGCGAGUAUUUCCAGCAGAGGUGCUGUUUUCAGGCAAUUUAGAAUAUUAAAUAUGUUCCGCCCUCCACGUUCUACAACUUAACCGAGGCUUUCAGUUCUUUGAAUUUCCAUUUAAGGUGUUUUCAUUAGAUCGGUGGGGUAACCUUAGCUAAUAACUUGUAAUCUGAACAAAGGUUACGAGGUGUGUACGGCAAAUCUCGAUACCAGGCUCUCUCUCUCUCUUUGGCUAGUCGGUGAUGAUGACAUUCACCCCAGAAAAAUGGGCGGGAAUGUGAUGCCAGAUACGUGUUCCGUAAUCCGUUCACCGGUUGUCCCUCGUCCCAUACACUACUGCUCACUCAAGUUGUAUUAGGGCUGUGUUCUUCUAUGUCGAAUCGAAGGCUAAACGUGAGACCCUUAUAUGGUCAAUGCAAUAUAUAUGACAAAAGGCAACCCCCGCGAGGAUGCAAUGACAAUUCCUAAUUGAACCGUCAUCCUCACCUUAUAAAGGAGUAGUCCAGGAUUGUUUUACGACGCCAAAGGAGUUCUUGUAAUAAAAUUUUCAAAAAUGUGAAUUUACUUGCGCAACGCUAGCAUUACGCCAGAAAUGGUUGGAGAUGACCCUUCCAGGCUGUCUUUUUGCUAUAGCAACAGCCAGUAUAUUGAAAUUAAGUUACCCAUUUCAGCUGUAGGUGUCUGAUCAACUCAGUGUCAACUUUGCUUUUGGUUUUAACUUUUGUUUUCCACAGAUCUCCUGACAACAACGUCAGCACCACCCAAGGAACCAAAUAAGCAGGCCCCCAAAGGGUGGGUCAUUGCUGUGGCAGUGCUGUCGUGCCUGGCAGUUGUGGGGCUCGUCUUAGGGGGCUUAAUUUGGUGGAAGUGGCGAAGGACAUCACCUGGAGUGGCGUACAAGAAACAGCACGAUAGCCUG